AUGGCCUUAAAUAACCGCCCCCAGGGAACAUUGCCAGCCGACAUAAACAUUAACCCUAAGGAGCCAAACCCGAAUCAGCUGAUGGCAGUAAGUCUCCGGAAUGGGAGAGACUUAGACAGGGAGCAAGAAGUUGCUCAAUCCAGACGAGAGACUACACCAGCCACUCUAGAUCCAUUAGAGAUAGAUGAAUCAGCAGAACUCACUGAAGUGGUGGUUGAACAGGAUCAUGUUGAUAAGGGUAAGGCUAAAGAAAGUGAACAAGUUGCAGAACAGGUGGUACCUCUUGUGCCACAAAAUUCCAAUAAAGAACAGUCAGCAAGCAAUGGACAAAGAGUGAUGCCUGCACCAUUCCCUCACAGACUGGAAAAACAAAAGAAAGAAGAUCAAUACAAGAAAUUCACGGAGAUGCUUCGUCAGAUUCAAUUGAAUAUCCCUUUGAUGGAUGCUUCCAGGGAAAUGCCAAGCUAUACAAAAAUGAUGAAGGACUUGAUAUCACGAAAAUUUAACUUUCAGGACCCUUAUGCUUUUGCAAAAGCAUUGUGUGACUUAGGAGCUAGCAUAAACUUGAUGCCUUUGGCAAUAUAUACAAAACUGGGCAUUGGAAGAGCUAGACCGACAUCGAUGCUGUUACAACUAGCUGAUCGCACGGUUAAAAGACCGACGGGGAUUCUUGAUGAUGUGCUGGUAGAUGAGGAGAUACCCAUCAUUCUGGAGAGGCCAUUCUUAGCCACUGGGAGUGAAUUGAUUGAUUUGGAAGCUGUGGAUGUGAUCCUAUACGAAGACGAUGAGACCCUGAAUGCCAAAGAUCCAUUGGGAGAUUUCUUGACAAAUUUAGAGGAGAUAGAUGGUGAAGGGUUGGCAGAGUGGUUCAUGGCACUUGAAGGCCAAGGAUUCUGGAAGAGGGAACCUGAGUUCGAGCCCCUGAAUUUAGAAGAGCGGGCUACACCACCUGCAAAACCAUCAAUAGAGGAACCACCACAGCUAGAGAUGAAACCGCUUCCAGCCCACCUCAGCUGUGCAGGUAGAACAAUUACUGCAGGUGUUGCAGGAAUGCAAAACUGCCAUUGUCACAGGGUGGCGGAUUUGCAUAGAUACAGAAAAUUAAAUGCAGCUACCCGAAAGGACCAUUUCCCCUUGCCCUUCAUUGACCAGAUAUUGGCAGGAGCGGUUUUGGGGCAGCACAAGGAGAAAAUUAUGCACACAAUUUACUAUGCAAGCAGGACGCAUAGCGGUGCACAACUGAACUAUACGGUCACGGAAAAGGAAAUGCCCGCAGUAGUGUUUGCUUUCAACAAAUUCAAGUCAUACCUUAUUGGCUCGAAAGUUAUUAUUUUUACUGACCAUGCAGCCAUUAGGUACUUGAUAGCAAAGAAGAAGUCAAAGCCCCGCUUGAUUCGCUGGGGGACAGACAACCAAGUAGCAGACCACCUCUCGAGGUUGGAAUGGGCAGAAAAGAGAACGGAGGUUGAAGAUAUCAUUGAGACAUUCCCGGAUGAGCAAUUACUUGCUGUGAUAAUGGAGGAGGCACCAUGGUGUGACCAGUUUUCUCAAGAAAAACAUCUUCACACGUUUUGGCACCCCCGAGCCAUAAUCAGUGAUGGUGGCUCUCUUUUUUGCAACAGAGCGUUUGCACGCCUGUUGGAGAAGUAUGGAGUUCGCCACAAGGCUAGUUUAGACCAGUUUGAGCGCACUCGGUUUGUCUCCAAAGCGGCUCAAGAUAGGUUUAAUGCAAAGUCAUCCAAGAAGCUGUUGCCUGAAGUACACAUUGAUAGGCAUGCCUUGAGAGUUGAAUGCCCAAGCAUCUAUGAAGAAUUGAGGAGGCGUCGGCUGGACAUCUUCUUUAAUGAACUGGAAGAGGGCAAUGUACCGAUGGUCAGGGAAUUUUACGCAAAUUGCCCAGAAUAUGUUGAUAGGGUUGUCACUGUAUGA